CAAAUGACAGCACUGUUCGCUCCUGCAGUAGCCCGUGUGAGACGGCUAAGCGCCAACACACAAUCCCUCUGACUCGAGAAAUCUUAUGAUCGGCUGUGUUUGGAGAACUAGUGAACAACCAGUGAACGUGAACAACAUCCGGGUAAUUUACCUCUCUGCCUGUGUGAGCUGGUGAAGAUGGUGAAGCCAGACAUCCACACUCUGGCCCACCACCUGAAGCAGGAGCGGCUGUACGUGUCAUCGGAGAAGCAGCUGAUCCAGAGGCUCAACAGUGAUGUACUGAAGACAGCUGAGAGGCUGUACCGGGCCGCAUGGAUCGCCAAGCAGCAGAGGAUCAACCUCGACCGUCUCAUUCUCACCAGUGCGGAGGCCUCUCCAGCUGAAUGCUGCCAACAUGCCAAAAUGCUGGAGGACACACAGUUUGUCGAUGGCUACAAGACUCUGGGCUUCCAGGAGACGAUCUAUGGCGAGUUCUUGGCCCGGUUGAGGGACAACCCCAGACUGGUGGCUUCCUGUCUGGUGGCAGGAGAGAGGCUGAACCAGGAGCACAACCAGGGGGUCACCCAUACAGUCUUCACCUCACUUUAUGGCAACUGUAUCAUGCAGGAGGAUGAGAGCUACCUGCUCCAGGUGUUGAGAUAUCUGGUUGAGUUCGAGCUAAAGGAGAGUGACAACCCUCGCCGCCUGCUGCGACGGGGAACCUGUGCCUUCAGCAUCCUGUUCAAGCUCUUCUCCGAGGGCCUGUACUCGGCCAAGCUCUUCCUCACCGCCACCCUCCAUGAACCCAUAAUGCAGCUGCUGGUGGAAGACGAAGACCACCUAGAGAUUGACCCGGCCAAGGUGACGGAGCGCCUCACUCCGGCCCAGCAGGAACGCUUUGGGGAGAAGGGCUCUGAUGGCUACAAACAGAGGGUGCAAGCAGCUGUGGAGGCCAAUGAAGCCAAGCUGGUGGCUCUAGUCAACAAGUUUAUCGGCUACCUAAAGCAGAACACCUACUGCUUUCCCCACAGCCUGCGCUGGAUCGUGUCGCAGAUGUACAAGACUCUGUCCUGUGUGGAGCGUCUCGAGGUGGGCGAGGUGCGCACCAUGUGCACAGACCUGCUGCUGACCUGCUUCAUCUGCCCAGCUAUAGUCAACCCAGAGCAGUACGGCAUCAUCUCAGACGCCCCCAUCAAUGAAGUGGCCCGCUUCAAUUUGAUGCAGGUUGGGCAACUUUUGCAGCAGCUGGCCAUGACCGAUGACGAUGCAGACCCUAGGCGGAAAAGCAGUUUGUCCAAAUUUGAUAAGAGUUGUGUAGCUGCCUUCCUGGAUGUGGUGAUCGGAGGAAGAGCAGCGGAGACCCCGCCCAUGUCCUCAAUGAACCUUCUUGAAGGCCUCAGUAGGACUGCGGUCUAUAUUACACAUAAUCAGCUGCUCGUGAUGGUGGACUUUGUGCGUAACGUGAUGGCAGGGGACCACCUUCGCGAGGAGGAGCACAUGGCUCUGGAGACCCUGGUUGCCAACGUGCCCCAGUCUCGAACUGUGAAGAGCAACAGUCUGGAGCUCACUCCCUCCAACACCCCCCAGCUCUCCCCAGCUACCACUCCUGCCAACAAGAAGAACAGACUUCCCAUAGCAGCUGCCCGCAGCCGCAGCCGUACCAACAUAGCCCAGGAGGGGGAGGCAGAGGCCAGCUCCCAGGAGUCCCUACAGGAGCUGAUGCCAGAGGAGGUGCUCGUGAUUUCAAUAGGAACUGGUCCUCAGUCUGUCCCUGGGAUGAUGUCAGAGAAUGAGGUUUUGAACCUGCAGAUGGCUGAUGGGGCCCAGGGGGAUGGCCAUGCUGAUGAUACUAAGCUGCAUGGUAAACCAGACAAAACCCUCCGCUUCUCCCUCUGCAGUGACAACUUGGAAGGCAUCUCAGAGGGUCCGUCCAAUCGUUCCAACUCUGUGUCCUCUCUGGACCUGGAGGGAGAGUCUGUUUCUGAGCUGGGAGCCGGCCCAUCAGGGAGCAACGGAGUGGAGGCUCUGCAGCUUUUGGAGCAUGAACAAGCCACCACUCAGGACAACCUGGAUGACAAACUGCGCAAGUUUGAGAUCAGAGACAUGAUGGGUCUGACAGAUGACCGAGACAUCUCAGAGACGGUCAGCGAAACCUGGAGCACCGAUGUGCUCGGCAGUGACUUUGACCCCAACAUGGAUGAAGAUCGGCUGCAGGAAAUAGCAGGGGCAGCUGCAGAGAACAUGCUCGGCAGCCUGCUGUGUCUUCCUGGCUCGGGUUCGGUGCUGCUGGACCCCUAUGGCUCCACCAUCUCGGAGACCACAAGCGAGGCUUGGAGCGUGGAGGUCCUUCCCAGUGACUCAGAAGCCCCAGACCUGAAACAGGAGGAGCGUCUGCAGGAGCUGGAAAGCUGCUCAGGUGUUGGCAGCACCUCUGAUGACACAGAGGUCAGAGAGGUCAGCUCGAGACCCAGCACACCAGGCCUCAGUGUUGUCUCAGGCAUCAGUGCAACCUCAGAAGACAUCCCCAACAAGAUCGAGGACCUACGGUCAGAGUGCAGCUCCGACUUUGGAGGGAAGGACUCUGUGACCAGUCCAGAUGGGGAGGAGUCAGGCCAAGGAGGACACAAUCUGACAUCUCCACCGUCUCAGACAGAUUCCUUACUGGCCAUGUUCGAUCCCCUCUCCUCAGGUGAAGGCUCCUCUACUGGAACAAUAGUGAGGCCCAAAGUGCAUUACGCCAGGCCCCCUCACCCUCCCCCUGAUCCCCCCAUCCCUGAGGCCAGUGCCUUGGGGCCGGAGACGCGUCACUCUCUCUUCACGCCUCACUGCCUGGUCCAGGCCGAGCUGGAGCACACCAAGCAGCGCCACUCCUUCCCGGACAGGCUGGUCCGUAGCCGCAGCUCUGACAUCGUGUGCCCUGGCCGCCGGCCCACGAGCGACCCCGGCCUUAACCGGCGGGUAGCGGUCGAAGAGCGCGACCCUGCCGGGGCCUUCGCCUUAGGGCCGUCCUCGUCCCCCAGCAAGGACUCCCUGAAAGGAGAGGUUGAGGACAGGAAAGACAGUGACGAUGAGAAGUCUGAUCGCAACAGGCCUUGGUGGAAGAAGCGUUUCGUGUCAGCCAUUCCCAAAGCUCCGAUAGCUGCAUUUCGUAAAAGAGACAAGCAUGAGAAAGACGACGUCGUCCCAGAGCGUGUCCCUCAAGAUGACCCGUUGCCCAGACAGAGCUCGCAAGCUCAGGCAGCUGAAGACAUUCUGGACAAGUACAGGAACAUCAAGAGGACCAGCCCGAGUGAUGGAGCUACAGGCGGAGCUUCUUAUGAUGGUACAGGAGACCUUUGUGUUGAGGACAGCGUGCAUGACUCUCCUAGAGAAGACACUCUGCAGAACAUUUCCACUGAUGACCUCCCAGACUCCGCCAGCCAGACAGCACAGCAGCAUGACUCCAAGUUCUCUUUCAGUGAUGCAAAGAAGAAGUUGAGGCUGGCAUUGUGUUCUGCAGACUCUGUGGCUCUGCCCAUCAUGACUCAUACAACUACUCGAAAUGGGCUGCCUGACCACAUGGACUGUGAAGACAAUGAGAUCGUCUGCUUCCUGAAGAUCCAGCUAGCGGAGGCCAUCAACCUUCAGGAUAAGAACCAGAUGGCCCAGAUCCAGGAGACCACGCGCUGCGUCACCCGCUUCGACGCACGUACCUGCAGGAAGCUGCUGGCUGCCAUUGCCGAGGAUUAUAGGAAGCGGGCCCCAUACAUAGCUUAUCUGACCCGGUGUCGUCAGGGCCUGCAGACCUCUCAGGCCCACCUGGAGAGGCUCCUCCAGAGGGUGCUGAGAGACAAGGAGGUGGCCAACCGCUACUUCACCACCGUGUGUGUCCGGCUCCUUCUUGAACACAUGGAGGCCAAGAUGCUUGACUUCAUUAAAGCGUUCCAGGGGUGCACAGCAUCGGAUGACAAGACGGCAGCAGUGGAGGAUUUUCUGCGCUACUUGUACGGUGCCAUGGCCCGUGAUGCCAUUUGGCAGUACGCUAGCGAGGACCAGCUGCAGGAUGCCCAGAUGGCUAUUGAGCGCAGCGUUAUGAACCGCAUCUUUAAACUGGCCUUCUACCCCAACCAGGAUGGAGAUAUUCUCAGAGACCAGCUUUUCCAUGAACAUAUCCAGCGGCUCACAAAAGUUGUGACGGCCAAUCAUAAAGCUCUUCAAAUCCCAGAGGUUUACCUGAAGGAGGCUCCCUGGCCCUCUGCACAGUCUGAGAUAAGGACCAUCAAUGCGUAUAAGACGCCACGUGACAAAGUCCAGUGUAUACUGCGCAUGUGUUCCACCAUCAUGAACCUCCUCAGCCUGGCCAAUGAGGACUCCGUCCCUGGAGCGGAUGACUUUGUCCCUGUACUUGUCUUUGUCCUCAUAAGGGCAAACCCGCCCUGCCUGCUGUCCACCGUUCAGUACAUCAAUAAUUUCUAUGCCAGCCGGCUGAGUGGGGAGGAGUGCUAUUGGUGGAUGCAGUUCACCGCGGCGGUGGAAUUCAUUAAGACCAUCGACGAUCGCAAGUGAAGCAGAACAGCCACCUGUAUGGGCAGACUGCGGGGGAAGGAGCCGGGAGACUUGGAGACCUCCCAACCAACUGCUCCCUCUGCACAGCUUCUAAAACCUGGCCCUCAGCCUGCUCUUUAUUUGUAUAGCUUGUACAUAGCCAGAGACGUUGAAAGAGUACAAAAUAUAUAUUACUGUAUCUAUGUGGACAAAUCCAGGUUUUAGCCGUGCUGAAAAAAACGGCCUUGGGGAAAAAAUUGGCAAGAUGUUAGCUCUGAACCUGAUUUUGAUUUUUUUUCCUUUUUGUCUCUUGUUUUCACGUUUGGGGUCUGUAAUAGGAAUUUUAUAAAUAUAUAAUUACCAAUAUGACAUUAAAUCAAUCUAAAAGAUAA